CAAACAACCUAACAUGGAGUUAAAAUAUCUUGCUGUUUUUUAAUUGUUGCAUGCUGGAGCUUUAAGGAAACAACUUACCAGCUACUCGGUUUCAUUAAUCACCCGCAUGUUUUGGCUAUUUACCAACUGCGAUUAGUACAGAUUUACAAGACGGUGGUAUUCGCGUACCGGUAGUCCCCGGAUAUUACGAAAGGCAGGAGCGACAACUGGGCUUCGCCACAGCUGCGGGCGAGCCGUUAAGUGGAGGUCGUCGAACAUAUGUCGGUUCGCCUGCAAUCUGCUGUACCUUUUCAGCAGCGGCGGGUUUCUAGUUGACCAGUGGCGGUAUACCCAUGGAACCCGGGGGCACACGGGGCCCUCGGGGCCGGUCUAGUGAUACUGAAGUUGCACUUACGCCGCGAGGCCCUGUGAGCGAAGAUGUCAUGGCUGCGAUCUACGAUCGCGCCACCGCCAUCUUCUCCGGCCAUAAGCACAGGGCUUCGGGCAUGCUGGAGCCUUCGCAGGGGCCUUAUGCCCUGGCACUUGUGGGUGCCAUGCUGGGCCUCAACCAAAAGCAGCUCGACGGGGAGUUGCAGCUGACAGCUAAAGUGGGGCGCCGCUCCCUCAGUUAUGAGGAGUUCAUGUCAGCCUGCGAGGCGAUGGUGGCGCUGCAUGGGGCCCUGGCGCAGCAGCAGGUUAAGAGGCUACAGAAUAACGACAUGAGCAGUGCCCUUCGUGCCGCGUUCAACCGGUACGUGAAGAUCAACGCUGGGGGCUUCGUGGGCGGCGAUCAGCGCAUGAACAGCAACCAGUUUAUCAAGAUGUGUCAAGACGCGGGCGUCAUGGAGCCUAACGGUCCUGCCAGCAUGUCCACUCUGCAGCUCAGUUGGGCCUCAUGCAAAGCGACCUUUGGAUCCACACGGCUGCAGUACAGCCAAUUCCUCAAGAUCCUUGGCGCGCUUGCUGCGGAGCUCUCAGGCGAUGUGUUCCUGCUGGUAGCGGGGCUGGGCCUUGAGCUGCCUACCGUGCCGCCGCUGCGGAACGGCUUCCGCAAGCCGGAUGCUGGCGAGGUCACGCUGUCGAGGCCGGAGGUGCUUCAGGGCGUUGGGUCGCAUGUUGCGGCGGAGGAGGCGUACGAGAAGUACCUGCAGGAGGGCCGGGCUCCCGACAAGCGCGAUCCUCUGGCACGGGCGAGUGUGUCGCCCAUUAAGGGUCCACGUGCUUCCAACACGGGUGCGGGAGUGCCGAACUGGGUCAAGGCCAUGCAGGCCGACCAAGGGGGCGCAAGUCCCAUGACCAGCGGCCAGGACAUCCGCGGCAUUCCCGUCAUCGAAACACCCGACAGUGAUGACGACAUGCCCCGGAAGCCGGCGCGGAAGAGCAUGCCGCCAGUGCCUCCGGAUGAGCCCACGCCUCGCGCCAAGGCCUCCCCCAUGCGGCCCCGCGGCGGAAAGCUGCCUGCCAUGGGCGGCGGGGACGCGCUGUCGCCGCCCCUCAGCCCCGAACUGCUGGUUCGUUCGGAUAUCUCCGCUAGCAGUUAUAGCGCACCGGGAGGCAUUCGGGUGGAUGCGGGGCCGAUGCAGGUAGCCCCGCGCCCUCGCGAGUCGGUGCGCAACGGCAUAACCACAGAGCUGGAAAGCCCCAUUGCUCACCUGGAACCCUCCAUCCUGUCCGGGGCGCCGCGACCGCGCAAAAGCGUGGCGGGAGCGCCCGAGGGCUUCCGCGAGGUGGUGGAGCAGCAGGCGGCUGCUGUGAAGGCGCUGGAGGGGCGGGUGCAGGAGCAGCAGCAGCGGGAGAAGGAGCUGUUUGAGCGAGUGCAGCUGCUGACGGACAAGCUGGCGGACGCGCAGACGGCGGUGACGGUGCAGUCUGGUUGCCCUGGCGGCGCGCUGCCGGACGUGCCUCAAGGAAAGGGCCGCACCGUGGUUUCGGGGCGGUGUCCCCUGACGGACCAGGUGGAGAGGCUGACGGAGCAGAUGGCGGAGGUGCUGGCACGGCUGAGCGCGUUGGAGAGCAUACGGCUGCAACCCAAGGCGCCGAACGAGCCUCCACCCAAGCAACGUAACCCAGUGGGCGCACGCACACCCGAAUUUCCCGAGGAGCCUGCCACGGUGGUUCCCGUCGCUCCCUCCUGGGGACCGCCAGCGGGCGGUCGCAGCCCGCGCAUGCCCGAACCGGAUGGCCCACGGGUCAUUCAGCAGCUGGAGCCCGCGGUUAACGCGACCCAGGGCGAGUGGAUGAGCCGGUUGCUGCUGAACCUGGAUAAACGCGUGCGGUUGCUGGAAGGGUCUUCUGGCAAGGGAGGCGAGGAGGGCGACAGCGAGGCUCUUGCCGAGGUGCUCAAGCAGCUGCGCGGCAUGCAUCCCGUCGCCUCUCCCGCGCCGCCCGCCCCGCCGGUCCCCACCGCCUCCCCACCAUCCACUCCUCCGCCCGAUCCCGCCUUCCUCAAAGUGGAUCCCAGACGCAAGGUGGAGAAGGUCACGGACAGCGUGGAUCCGGCGCCAGCGCUGGUGCCUACUGGAGACCCCGAACUGGACCGUCGUCUAGCUGCGCUGUCCAACGAAAUGCGCAGCAAGAACGCGACUGUGGGAGUGCUGCUGGAUAUGCUGAACCAGACGCGUGGCGAGGUGGCGGCGCUCGCGGCGCAGCUCAAUGCUCGCAGCGGCGGCACGGACGGUGGCCCCGUUGUUGUCGGUCACCGCCCCACUCCGCCCAGCACCCAGCCGCGCAACCCUGUUGUGGUGGUUGACGGCGGGCUGGCGCCCCCAGAGGGAGCACCCUCGAUCUCGCCCGGCUUGAUGCGGCCCAGACGACGGACCGGCGAGCCGAGCUCAGAAGCCGUCAUUCCCCUGGAGCCCCACCUGGAGACGGUGAUGUCGGAGCAGCAGGGCAUUAAGCGGGUGGUGCGGGAGCUCUGCGCCGCCAUAGGCCUGCCGCCGCCUCCCAUCGUGGCGCCCGUGAUCGUGUCGCCCUCACCAGACCCAAUCAUAGCGCGCAAGGCCAGCUCCGAAACCGGCAUGGAAGCCGUACAAUGGGGCCAGCCAGGCCGGAAGACGAUUAGGGAGGAGGCGCAGGAGGUCAAGCGUAACGUGGAGGGUGUCCAAGCGGAUGUGGGCGAGCUCAAGAAGCAGGUCGAGCAGAUCCGUGCCGGUUACGGCUUUGCGGAGUGGCCGCAGCCUCUGCGGCCUGAUGGCAGCACCACGACGACGGUGGUGGUCCCGGGAGCAGGCCCCAUGCAGGCUGCGGCCCAAGCAGGCGGCCGUAAUCCCGUGCAGGUAACGGUUGGCGCGCCCAACCAGCCCGCCGACGUGCAAGGUUUCGCGCCAGGCCGCAGACCGCUGCAGCCGCUUGUCGGAGACGCCACCAUUGCACCCCUGCCAGACGCCCAAGUCCAUGCUCUCAAGGAUGAGCUCAGACGUGUUAAGGCAUUUGUGGGCAUGGCGGAGGCUGCGCCGGCAGCGGAGGCAGCCGGCGUCGCUGGCACGGUCGCUGCUGCGGCGGCGCCUGCUGCGGCCGCCGCUGCUGCCGUGGAGGAGGGCAAAUGGGCGGAUGCAGGACGGGGGCCGCAGCCGUUAAGGGAGGCGGUGGGCACGGUGGCUACUGAUGUGGAGGGGCUACGCAAGCACGUGAAGGCGAUGGAUGCCGCGCUACGCACCAACAUCGCCAACACCAACAACUUGACAACCUUCCUCAACGAACAUGCGCCGGCUUUGAUACAAGUGGCGCAGCAGACCAAGGACGGCACCGCGGCUGCAGGCGGACGCUACCCGGUGGUUGCUGCGGUGGGAGAAGUGCAACAGCAGCAGCAGCAGCACGGCAUGUCGCCUCCGCCCAGGCAUGGCAUGCUACCUCUGCAAGCAAACGGUAACCUUGAGCACGGUGUGGUGGACCCGGUGGAGUACCACCAGCUGCGGGAUCAGGUCCGCAACAUCGCUCGCUUCCUCGGCGGCCCCGCCUUGGAAAUCGGGCCAAGCACACAGGGCUCACCUGCACCUCCAGCGCCGGCGCCGCCGUCGGCCUCCGCCACCGCCGCCGCGUCAACGGAACCGGAGCGUGUCUCGGUACAGCCGUGGGCGGUGGGAGGUCGUGGCGGCGGCGCUGGCGGCACCGUAGCGGAAGGUUUGGGCCAGGUCAGCGGAGAGGUGGAGGUGCUUAAGAAGCAGCUGGGGCAGAUGGGACAUGCGCUGCGGGCGGCAGGGCUGGUGGACCCGGCGGUGCUGGCGGUGACGCCGGGCGGACAGGAGGUUGUGGGCGUCUCGGCUCGGCCUGGAGGUCAGCGCAAUGCAAUCAGCGUCACACCGGGCGUUCAAGGCUCGGAUGGCUUAACAGGCUUUGCGCCGCCACAGCAAAAGGGCCAGGCCGGGAUGGAAGGCACGACGAGCCUAGAGCCUGUUGUGGCGGAUGUGGGUCUGCUGAAGGACGACGUCCGCGCGGUCAAGCAGUUCCUGGGAAUGUCAGAUGCCAGACCGGAGGGACGCGAUGUGGUCGCGGUGGCUCCUGCGCUACCGCUCGGCGGCAGCAGCAACCCAGGACAGGCGGCGGCUGCAGCCGGGGAGCCGUGGGGCGAUAAGGGGCGAGGCGCUGCACAUGCUGAUGGAGACAAGGUAGCCUUUGGCAGCCAGGGUGGCCUUGCCCAGGAGGUCGACGCCGUACGGAGGCGGCAAGCGGAUAUGGAGGAGGCGCUGCGAAGGGCCAAUAUCCCGCUGCCGAUCCCGUUGGCCGAGCAGGACGACUCGGCUGUUCGUGUGGUGCCCGCCACCGCUGCCGCUGGUGCUGGAGCCCAGCGCAACGCAAUUGCCGUGUCACCUGGAUUGGUGCAACGACCCGACGCCAUGGGUUUCACGGCCCCCAGGCGCUCGCUACAGCCUCUACACACGAUCGAAGGUGUGCCCGAGCCGGUCAUCAGUCACCUGGGAGCCAUGCAGGACGAUCUCCGUCGUGUAACAGCCUUCUUGGGCAUGCAGCCCGUUGCCACGGACCCCAUGCCGGUUCAGCAAGGGCAGCCGACGUCCGCCGCGCACCCCAUGGCAGCUGCAGCCCCGGCGGCGGCACAGCAGCCAUGGGCGUCUGGGGGACGCGAAGGAGCGGCCGGUGGUGGUGAUGCACCGGUGCAAGUGGAGCGAUUCAGCGACGUCGUGAGGGACGUGGAUUACAACAAGCGGCGUACCGCAGCCCUAGAGGAGGCUCUCCGCGCCGCCGGCAUCCCUAUCCCUCCGCCUGUCGAAGCCUCCGUCACCCAUGUAGCAGCCGCGGGCUCACCCGAGCAGGCUAGGCAGUCCAGGAAUGCGGUUUUCGUGACCCCUGUAACUCGACCGGACAGCGCCAUGGGCUUCCACGCACCUGCACGGCGGCAGCUGCUGCCUGCGCUGCAAGGUCUGCCUGAGCCAGCGCAAGCGGAACUGUCACGCCUGUCCGGUGACGUCAAGCGCAUGCAAGCCUUCCUGGGCAUGGGUCCUUCCGCAAGUGGUCCAGGGGCGGCAGGUCCCGAUGCGCCCGGUGCGGCGGGUGUUGCUGCGUCCGGAGAGGCUCGCAGCGUUGGGGUGGAGCCGUGGGGCGCACCAGGCCGUGAGCCGCGAGGCCAGGCGGGCCAAGAGCCUGCCAGGAAUCUGGGCGAUGUCAUCAAGGAAGUCGAUGGCAACCGGUGGCGCAUGGCAGCACUGGAGGAGGCAGUGCGCGCUGCCGGCAUCCCCGUCCCGACAGCACCCAUGGCGACAACUGUUGCCGUUGCUGGCUCGUCUGAGGCACAGUCACGUGCGCGCAACCCUGUGAAUGUGACGGCAGGCGAUGUGCCCGUCGCUGCGGCGGGGGCAGUAGGCUUUGCGCCGCCGGGACGCAAGCUACUACCGGCGCUUGAAGGUCUGCCUGAGCCCGCCCAAGCGGAAUUGUCACGCCUGUCCGAUGACGUCAAGCGCAUGCAAGCCUUCCUGGGCAUGGGUCCUUCCGCAAGCGGCCCAGGGGCGGCAGGUCCCGAUGCGGCACGCGCGGCGGAAGGUGCUGCGUCCGGAGAGGCUCGCAGCGUUGGGGUGGAGCCGUGGGGCGCACCAGGCCGUGAGCCGAGGCUGCAACAGGGCCAAGAACCUGCGAGGAAUCUGGGCGACAUCGUCAAGGAGGUUGAUCAGAACGCGUGGCGCAUGGCCGCACUGGAGGAGGCCGUGCGUGCCGCCGGCAUCCCCGUCCCGACAGCGCCCGUGGCGACAACCGUUGCCGUUGCUGGCUCGUCUGAGGCGCAGUCACGUGCGCGCAACCCUGUGAAUGUGACGGCUGGCGGUGUGCCCGUCGCUGCGGUGGGGGCAAUGGGUUUCUCGCCUCCUGGACGCAAGCUACUACCGGCGCUUGAAGGUCUGCCUGAGCCAGCGCAAGCGGAGCUGUCACGCCUGUCCGAUGACGUCAAGCGCAUUGAAGCCUUCCUGGGCAUGGGUCCAUCCGCAAGUGGUCCAGGGGCGGUAGGCCCCGAUGCGCCCGGUGUGGCGGGAGGUGCUGCGACAGGAGAGGCUCGCAGCGUUGGGGUGGAGCCGUGGGGCGCACCAGGCCGUGAGCCGCGAGGACAGCCGGGCCAGGAACCCGUCAAGAGCUAUGGCGACGUUGCAAAGGAAGUGGACGACCAUGCCAGGCGGGUGUCGCAGAUUGAGGAGUCCCUGCGAGCCGCCGGCAUCCCCCUGCAGGCCAGCACCGCAGUGCCUACUGCGGUUGGGCCUGCGUCUGGCUCCGAGCAGCAGCGGCAGCGCAACGGCGUGGUGGUGACGCCAGGGCUGGUUCCGGGGCCGGAGGGGGCGACGGGCUUCGCGCCGUUGCCACGACGGGGACCUGCGGGCGCUGAAGGAGGCGCCCCAGAGCCGCUGCCUGCUCGCGUGGAGGCGCUGCAGGACGACGUAAAGCGCAUCAAGACAUUCCUGGGCAUGCAAGACGCGUCGUCGGGCGCUGUCGCUGCAACGCCAGAAGCUGCGGCCAAGCUCGCGGGUGUGGCGGUGGCUGCAGAGGCGGGCCCUUGGGCAGGACCAGGCCGCGAGAAGAGCGGCGGGGCGGCCCCGGAUGCCGUUGCCAAGGAGCUGGGUGACGUCAAGCAGCAACUGGAGGAGCUCGACCGUGCCUUACGAGGCGCCGGGAUGGGCUACAUGCUUCCAAAGGACGGUGGCACGGGGCCCGUUGCCGUACAACAGCAGCAACGUGACACGGCGGCGGCAGAUAAGAGCCGAGGCGGUGUGCAUGUGACCUCUGGUGACGUGCAGAGGCCGUUGGAUGUGGCUGGGUUGCCGGCUCUGGCACGGAAGGACGGCUUGCCACCAAUCCAAAAUCCAAGCUUUGUGGACGCCAAUGAGUACGACAAGCUCAAGGAUGAAGUGGAGAGAAUUAAGGCCUUUGUGGACAUGAAGCAGGGCGGUGCGGGGCCGGCGGCUGCAGCUGCUGUACCCGCGGCCGCGGCGGCGGCUGCGGCGGCAUCAGCCGGCAAUGAGCCUUGGGCGGACAAGGCCCUACGGGAGGAAACGGAGGAGGCGCGGAAGGCCGUAAAGGAACUGACGGACGACUUGGACGGCCUUCGACGCAAGCUAGCGGGCAUGGAGGAUGCGCUGCGCAGCAUGGGGAUACCGCAGCCGCUGGGGUCGGGUCUUACGGAUGUGAGGUCAGCGGCAGGCUCGGCAUCCAGUGGCCCCAGCCGCAAUCCUGUUGCGGUCAGCCCGGGGCUUGCCUCUGAGCUAGUGGCGCAGGGGCUUGCACCGCCUGUGCAGAAGUCCGCCGCAGGCGCGCCGCAAUCGCCGGAAGGCGUUCCCGACCCUGUCACAGUGGAUCCCGAGGACUUCAAGCAGCUCAAGAGGGCGUUUGAGGAGCUGCAGGGCGCAGUGGGGGCGCUGCCGCAGCAGCAGCCGCAGAAGCCCAAGACGCUGCGGGAGGACACGGAUGAUAUCAAGAAGUUUGUGCGUGCCAUGGGCAAGGACGUGGGCGCCAUGGGUAACGACAUGCAGACGCUGAAGAAGCACAUGGAUGAUGUGGAGGCGGCCACUAAUCGUGCCCUGGGCAACCUGGCGGCCGAGGUAGCCCGCAUGAAGGCAGCACGUGAGGAGGAGCGACCUGACAGCGCCGACCGCAAACGCUCGCAGCAGCAACCCAAGCUAGAAACGGCGGGAGGCAAGAUGGAGGACACCAUCGGUGCAAUCACCGCGCUGAACGCAGCGCAGCAGCAGGAGCUUGCGCGCGCAGCAGCAGACGGCGGUCGGUCCGAGGACAUCGACGCGCUCAACGAGGCCAUGCGGCAGAGUGAGAACCAGCUGGCUCGGCUGCUGGCGUUCCUGAAGCAGGACGUCAUGGACCGGUUCGCAGUGCAUGAGAAGACCCUCAUUCGGAUGGCCAAACAGAUUGACUAUGUGCAGCGUCUGCUCAAGGGCGAGUUUGACGAACAACGGAUAGCUGCCCGGGAGUCUGUGCAGUCGGAGGGGGAUGGGCUGACGCCUGGGGCGGACGCUUAGGCCCUCAGCUGCCGCUGCUUGUGGCUGCCAUCAUGUUUAGAUCCUUGAUAGGGUUUUUGGUUUUGGGGGUUUGGCGCCACACAGGGCACUGGGCAUAUUAUGAAGUGUGUACCCUCACCUUUAUACCAUGCGCGCCUUUGUUGUACGCUUUGUUGCACGAGAGGCUAGGCUGGCACACGCGCCGCCUUAACCCAAAGGUUGCACAUGCCCUGGUAACUGCGACUGGUUCUAGUAGCCUUUUUCCUGCACGACUUGUGGUUCCGCCCCUUGUGAAGACUGUGGGGGCAGCUGCAUAUCCAGUGACCGGCGUUUUGCAUGCAUACAUGUAGGACACCCACCGCGGUGUGUGUGAGCUCAGUUUCAGUUGUAUCCUGCUGUAAGGUCGUACGUGCCAGCACGGCUUGCCCUUUAUGACGCGGGCAGCUGCCGUAGCAUUUUCUCCUGCAGCAUGCACCCUGGCGCGCAAGUCUACUGUCUGGUUAAUUAAUGCUGUCAACUUGGCUUUUGCGGUGUUCAUGUGAAGGGGUGUGUAUGGCCGGGCCCCAUGCAAAGGUGUCCCAGGCCCGGUGUGUUUACCACGGUGUUGUUGCUUGAACAGGACACGAGCAGUAUGUAGCAGGACUCGGGCGCGUUUUGCCUUUGUGGAGUUUGUUCGCACGACGCAGCCGUGUAAGGCGGGUCGCUAUAAAAAUGUCGGCAUGGUGUCCAUGUACCGGUAUGGAGGCGGCGCUGUCUUUCGCCGUCAAUGUCUUAUUAAUAACUGUACAUACGGUAUGCUUUAACAGAUUCAUGAUGCUCUUGCUGAUAUCCCACCGCUGGGAGGCGUUGGGGACAAAGUGAUCUUAUAGCAGUGUGAUAAGGACGGUUAGCGCUAUUACCGUCCUCUAAAUGGCGGAGCUGGGGACUGGUGUUGGUGGUAAAGAGCAGCAUCCUCCUUGGGCUAGCAUCGGCACCGAGAAACCGAGUCGGGCAUUGUAGGAUGGCGGUGGUUGUAAGUAAACCUGUGUUUUGGGGGCCGUGGUCGUUAACGUUGUAAGAAGCAGCAGCGCAAUAUGUGCACUAUGUGGGGCUUGUUAGCCAGCUACCUUGCGUGGCUUCGUUGUACGGCAGCGCGUAUAUGCAUUUGGCGCGAGCAAGCGACAAACGACCCUUGGGCGACCGCGGUGUCAAAGUGGAAAAUGCGGCGUAUCUGCGAGGGUGAUUUUUUGCGCAGAUGGCUUGGCGUAUAGCAUACCUAUCAAAGGGCGACCGUUGGUAUGUUUCUGAAAGGUGGUUGGGCGGUGCUAAGAAAUGGUCGAUGCUGUUGUCCUCCAGUUUAGCACUGGCUAGCUAAGACACCAAAUGCAUAUACGCGGCCACAUUACAGGAACCAAAGCAGUUUAAUUGGAGCUGCACAGUGCUGCAGCAUAGUACAAUGGAUUGGCCUAAUGAAAGGUGGUUAGCCAGCUACCCUGUGUG